AUGUUCUUGCGCGUAGCUGUUUCGUCGGUUCCUCCUCCUCCUCCUCCCCCUGCCCCCACCGUCAGGGCCACCCCUCCCCCGGGGCCGCGCGGGCCACUGCGGGUGCGCGGAGUGGAGCCGGGCCAGCGCAGGCGUUGCCGACACGUGGGGAGGGAGCAGGCUCGGCGGAGGAGGGGCUGGGUGUGUGCGGGGGGUGUGUCCGCGCGUGGGAGAAGCCAACUGGCCGUCUCCGAGAGUGCUUCUUUCCGGGGCGCUCGUGGGCCUGGGCUCGCCGAAAGCGGCGUCCGCAGCCGGGGUAGCUCACGAGCGGAUAAGCUAGGACCGGACGGAGGGCCCCGGGCCGCGGACCCGCACGGUGCGCGCUGUCCCGAGCCGCGCGACGUCACCCAUUGUUUACAAAUCAACCCGAGCCGGCAGCGUUCCGGCUCCCGCGGCUGUAAGGCGCGCGGUGCCACUGCCCGGUGGCCCCGGCUUCCGCGUCCCAGGCCCGGCUCAGUCCCGGCCUCCGCCCCGCUCCCGCCUCAGCCGCGGCCCGCCGAGCCCGCGGGCAACCGAGCCGCCAGCGACGCCCGCACAGCCGCGGGGGCCCGGGCGGGGGGCCAUGCCGUGCCGGAGGAGGAGGAGGAGGAAGCCGGCGACGAGGCGGAGGGGGAGGACGACGACGACAGCUUCCUCCUGCUGCAGCAGUCGGUGACUGGAGGCUCGGCCGACGUGGACCGGCUCAUCGCCCAGAUCGGCGAGACGCUGCAGCUGGACUCGGCGCACGACGGCCCGGCCUCACCGUGUGCUGCCCCGGGUCCCCCGGCCCCGCCUCCGCCCCCGCGGGUCCUGGCGACGCUGCCGACGGACAAGGCCGGGGCCCCGGCGAGGCGGCUGCUGUGGCCGGCCGCGCCUGCGGAGGCCGGGGACCCGGCGCCCCCGGGGGCCGUGCGCUGCGUGCUGGGAGACCGCGGGCGCGUGCGGGGCCGGGCCGCUCCAUACUGCGUGGCGGAGCUCGCCGCGGGCUCCAGCACGCUGCCCGGGCGGCGGGGAUGGCUCCCGGGUGCCGUGGCAUCUCGGCGAAUCCAGCAGCGGCGGUGGGCCCCAGGCGGAGCGCGUGCCGGCGACGACGACCCGCACCGGCUCCUGCAGCAGCUCGUGCUCUCGGGAAACCUCAUCAAGGAGGCGGUGCGCAGGCUCCAGCGAGCGGUUGCCGCGGUCGCGGCCACGAGCCCCGCGAGCGCCCCGGGGUCCGUGGGUGGCCGAAGCGGACCGGACUCAGUCACCCUGCAGUCCUCGGACGCCUGGCUCUGACCCGGGGUUCCCGGAGAAGGAAGAGGACGCGGCUACUCCGAUCCAACAGUGUUCUGCUCCGGAGAGUCCGGAGCUAAAGCCGGCGUCCAUUCCACGGGCUACAGCCCCAAAGUUACCGGCCGUGCGAGGCUGUUAGAGAAAACGGACUCGGCCGUGCAGCAACGGCAGCCGAGGACCUGGGAUUUACCGAGAGAACUGUGGCAGCUACUUGAUCGACUUGGACCUGACUUAGCCCUUAGGGGACGUCGUGUGCUUGGAUUGUUUAUAGUUGUGGCUCAUAGGGGCGGGAGUCAGGAGGGCUUUCUAACAAUACUUGAAAAACGAUUAGUAGGCAUACAUAGUCUCGUUAUUUUCGGGUGGAGAGGCUUCCUGAAUAUGGUGCUACAAUUGGAGAUCGAAGAGGUUCUGGAGUGAAGAAUGUUAAAACUUGGCAGUUGGGUGGGUUGGCAGCGCCUGCUUUCUCCUUACUAUGUGACGGCAAAGGUGGGCGAUGGGACCCAGUUGGUGAAUUCUCGAAGAUGGGGAGAGUUGAGUUUAAAUGUGGACUUGUAAAUGACUUGACCUUGCCAACUUUGACUCAAGGUCAGGUUGUUUGUGAGUGGGGUGUUGUAGGAUUCUUGGGAGAGCUAACCGCGGUGUCUUUUUUCUUUUUUCUUUUUUUGAUCCAAGCUCAAACCUGUCUCCUUUGCCACCGCUUGGAGUCUCCCGAGGACACGGAGGCCAACAGGGCCGUGAAGGGAGAGUUAUUUGCGCUUUCUGUGCUUUUUUUCUUUCCAGAACUACUCCUCCUGCUAGACCACUCUUGGCCGUGGCACCAGCUUUCUCAGAAACGGCCAUAAACAACCUCCCCGUCCUCUGUAGCCAUCGUUAUUUGUGGUGUGUGCGGGGUUGGAUGAAAGCCUUGGACACGCUUUUCUGCUCUGUUUUGACCCUCUGCAGAGUCCGAGGGGCCCUCCCCCGCUUCCUCACCUGCUAGUUCUCGGUGAGUAACUGAAACAAUUUUUAAAAUGUGACUCCAGAAGGAGAAACCGCCGGCUUUUUCCCUUGUGAAACUUGAGGGUGCACUUUCUGAGAUGCCACCCCCAAACUCUAAGGUAGCUAAACCAUUUUUUUUUUUAAAGAUUCAAUGGCUUGUUCAUCCCUCCAGAUGUAGCUGUUGACGUACACUUCGCAACGGAGUGUCUGAAAUUGUGGUGGUCCUGAUUUAUAGGAUUUCAAUUAAAAUGUCUGCUGAAUAAAUUUGGUUUUUGUUUUGGAA